UCAAUGUUCAUUUCCUUCCUUUUUAGUUUAUCUUGUGAUAGGUUGUUCCUUCUCUAUAUAUAUCUUUUGCCUUCAAAACAAAGACCAAAGACCACCUCACUAGCUUAGGGUGUUGAAAAAGAGAGAAGAUUUUCUAGUUUCUACUCUUUCAAACUAAGUUCUAGAAAUGGAUUCUUCUUCUUCUUCUUCUUCUUCUUCUUCUUCUUCUUUCUUUCAUCAAUACCAAAACUACUAUUCCCAUUUCUCCCCUGAUCAGUCAUCUUCUUCCUUCAACUCCCUUGAGUCGUCUUUCUACACCCAGCCUCUUCCCUUCAACGAAAAUGACUCAGAAGAAAUGCUUCUCUUGGGAGUCCUUAAUGAAGCUCCCAUUUCCUCCACCAACAGUGCUACCCACUAUGAGGAGGUAAGCUCCAGAGAUGAUUAUCAAGAGGAACCUAUUCAAGAAAUUGCUUACAGAGGCGUUAGAAAACGGCCUUGGGGAAAAUAUGCGGCGGAGAUAAGAGAUUCAACAAGAAAUGGGGUAAGAGUGUGGCUAGGUACAUUUGAUACAGCUGAAGCUGCAGCCUUAGCUUAUGAUCAAGCUGCAUUGGCGAUGAGAGGUUCAAUGGCUAUACUAAAUUUUCCUAUGGAGAAAGUUCUCGAAUCACUUCAAGAAAUGAACCACGAAUUCAAGGAAGGUUAUUCCCCAGUUUUAGCAUUGAAAAAGAAGCAUUCAAUGAAGAGGAAAUCGGAGAGCAAGAAAAAGAUCAAAGACAGAAUGGAAAAUGCGGUGGUUUUAGAGGAUCUAGGAGCCGACUACUUGGAGGAGCUCCUAACCAUCUCGGACACCAAUACUCAUUGGUGACUCUCCUCAAAUUUCUUUUAAAAACUGGUAUUCAAAGAUUUUGAAUUCAAAUUUUAAUAAAAUAAAAACGAAAUUGAAUUCUGAUAAUUUGAUAUUGAAUUAUUAAUUCGGAAGUUCUAUCACAGUGUUUAAAAGUUUAAUAUUUUGUAAGUUAGUGGGUACAAAUUUUUAGGUGUGAUAGUUCUCUUUGGAUAAUGUAUUUAUGCGUCGUUAUGUAAUAAUGUUGAAGAAUACUGUUAAAGGUUUGAUUUU